CUCAACGCGUCCACGACCGCUGUUUCCUUCAUGUUUGGCUUAGUUGGACUGUCUUUCAAUCUUUCCUUAUUGGUUAUCUCUGAUUCUGCUAAAAUGACCUGUCUGAGAGAUUUUGAGAGAUUUAAAGACGCACUUUUUCUGUUUUGCGUAUUAAGCUUUACAUUUCAAGGUGUCAGCUGUGAGCUGGUGGUUUCUCCUGUGGGCCCCUCUCAUGUGAACGCUCUGGCCGGCAGCAAUGUGACUCUCUCCGUGUCCUUCAGCGGGGCCCCUGACCCAGUGGUUACCUGGUUUAAGGAAGGGUUACCUGUUGGGACAUGGACCAUAAACUCCACGUCUCCUCCGGACAUAGACGAAAACAGGAAGGAUGUUCUCAGGAUUGAGAAAAAUGGCUCUCUAACCUUUGUAAACGUGCCACUUAAGUUUACCAGUAACUACACAGUUGAAUUGACCAAGUCUGGACUGGAAAAAACCUUCACCACUUUCAGCCUGCAUAUAUUUGAAUACAUCCAGGGUGUGACACUGAGCAUACAACCAGAUUUUGCCAAAGAGGGAAUUGACAUGUUCACAUUACAGUAUAGCAUGCAGCAAGGAGUGGUCGAGCAACAGAUUUGGCACUUUAACGACACAAAAUUAACAAACAGCUCACACCAUUUGGUGGUGGAAAGGAGCCUUGUGAUUCUCAAACCCAAUCGAGGUGACACGGGACGGUACGCAGUGGUACUGAUGAACCCCUUCAGCCGUGCAACAGCUCAUAAGAAUGUUACCAUUUUGUACGGACCAGACGAGCCCAUCAUUGAGGUGCAUCCAGCGAAGUCUUUCUAUGUAGCGGGAGACUCCCUGAGCCUUUCCUGCCAGGCCGAGGGAUUUCCACAGCCGUCUGCUGAGUGGGGGUUUGAUGGCCACAUCCUUUCUGAUGCUCAUGAUGGAGUCCUGAAUCUGACAGAUGUGCAGACCAGUCAAGGAGGUGUUUAUACAUGCAUGCUGCUCAAUGAGUUGACCGAGGAAAAGCGUGAAAAGAAUGUAACCGUAAACAUUUAUGAGAAACCGUUGGGCAGCCCGAGCUGCUCUGUGCUGUCGGUGAAUAACCUCGACCUGCAGUAUCAAUGUGAAUGGACCGGGGGAACCCCGCAGGCCCAGCUCUCUUUCCCAGCACUAAAUAACACCGUCCGUGGAGCUGGAAAACUCCGCCUGACCAUCAGCGCCUCCUCUGACCUUAAUGAGAAAACUGUCACCUGCAUGGCGGACCACCCUAUUGAACAGAGUACCUGCAAUAUUACUGCAAGUAGUCCAGUGGAGUUCCUUCCAGCUCUGAGAACCUCAGUAGACCCUGACGGUAAAAUAGCGGUCACUAUCCAGUGUGUCAGCGAGGCGUCUCCUCAGGCUGUGGUGUCAUGGUCCAAAGACAGUGAGGCUGUCGCCAGCGGGGCCAUCUACCAGAUCAGCAACGACACCACACAGAUGAAGAUUCGUGGUUACAAUAUCAGUAGCUUCAUUUUUCACAACUACACCUGUACAUGUGGCAACCCACUGGGCAGCAAGAGAAGACACAUUCAGCUACAAGGGCCGUCGAUCUCGGAUUCCAGCUUGUUCCCUAAUCAAGAUAGAACCAUCAUCACUUUGACCUGGGAGGUCCCGCCCACAUCUGUCGUCACAGGCUUUGACAUCCAAAUGAAAGGACCAAACCUUCUCAAUAAGAAUGGCAACAUCACACUCAAUAAAGGCAGCUCGCAGGUAUACCGCACCAUUCGGCAGAAACCCGGUUCUGCCAGGAGCAUAGACAUCUUCAUGCUCGAUCCCAAACUGACGUACCGGUUUCGGAUAAUCCCCAAAGCUCGAUUUGCAGAAGGAGAGCCUUCUGAGAUCCACAGAAUUGGUCCAGGUGAAGGGUUGAGCGGGCCUGCCAUUGCUGGCAUUGCAGCAGGAAUCCCAUGCAGCAUCCUCGCGCUGCUCCUGCUGUGCGGCCUCAUCUACCUGAUCAUCUACUGCAAAAGUAGCAAAAGUCAUCAGACAAGAUAUCCUGUGGCCAGAGCUGUUGAAAAGGCAAAAACAGUCCAGCCAGAUAUAACUCCUCAUAACCGGUUGACAGGAGGGCUGAAGUUGUCCCCGGACUACAACAGACUGCAUCAGGCUCCAUCUGAAAGGUCUGUGAGUCUCCCGACGUUUGUCCCACCACCACCUGUCAGAGUAGCUACAACUGUCUAAAUGUUCACAUGUUGUUACAUUUUUUUUAUACCUUCAUACAAAAACAUGUAUAUGACUCAUUUCAUUUUCAUGUCUAUAUUUUACUGUUGGAUUUUCUACAUUUUUAAGCAAGUGUUGUCAGUGUAAGAAUUUGUAUUAUUCUUUUUAUAAUAUUUGAAUGCUUUUAUUGCAGUAUUUAUAAGCAUUCAUAUAAAUCAAAGUGUAAGAAGUGUUCAACAAAAUGUAUUCACCUAAAUUUGACAGGCUUGUCUGAUUCCUCUUCUCUACAACUUGUGAAGUUUCAAAUACUUUAAAUAAAGGUGUAAAUAUACCACUUCAUAUCACAGGUCACCUAAGGUGUCAGCUAAUGAUAUGUACUUGCACGAAAACCCCUGUUGCUCUGAAUCAACAUGGAAGAGGAGGGCGGUGGAUGGGUGGAGGUGUUUAAUUAGUCCAUGCAUGUCUCUCAGCAUUCUCUCCUCAGAGCCACACAGUUGAGGAAGUCUUUUUAAUUAAUACAAUUAAGGAUAACUGUUAUUGACGCUUUUCCUUAAACAGUUUUUUGCUGCCAGAUGUCCUCCAAUUUGGUUGAUUUUAUAGUGUUGAGCUGAUGUUUCAUAUCUGUCCAGCAGAUGGUGCUGUAGAGCCGUGAAAGACUUGCUACAACAUCCAUCCAUCCAUCCAUC